AGUGAUUGGUGGCAGAUGAGAGUGUUUAGAGUGAGGACACUACGCCAGAUCAAGAUGCAGUUGCACGUUCGUGGACUGAACACUCACGUCCUGGAGGUCGGACCCCAGGAAACCAUCCAAGAUGUUAAGGUCAAGCUCGCCGCCCUGGAGUGCAUCGAGGAACCGGCCCAGCUGGUGCUGUCCUGCGAGGGCGCGCUGCUCGCCCACGACUCGCUCGUGUCCGCCCUCGGCUCGGCCGAACUGGACCUGACCGUGCCGCUGCUCGGUGGUAAGGUGCACAGUUCGCUGGCCCGUGCCGGCAAGGUCAAGGGCCAGACGCCCAAGGUCGAGAAGAAGGAAAAGAAGAAGAAGAAGACCGGCCGUGCCAAGCGCCGCAUCCAGUACAACCGCAACUUUGCCAACGUGGUGCAGGCCUUCGGUCGCCGCCGCGGCCCGAACGCCAACUCGACGUAAGCAGCAGCUGUGUGCGGUUCGAGGGUGUGUGGGUGGGUGGGAUUUUGUUUGAUUCCUUGCGACAGUGAAGGAAGAAAAGGCGCGAGAAUAAAAUGAAAGAAUCCUUUAAUGUGUAAGCUGUA